UCAUUGUGAUUGAUUGAAUCAUUUCCUACGUUGUUUGUUUGUGGAUUUUUUUUUGUUUUUGGGUCAUCUUUCAUUUCGGAUCAUAUCGACGACAACAAUUUCAGAAUCGAAGUUUCACUCAAAUAUCAAACGAUUUUUUUCCUUUCCAAAAAAAUGUUAUUCGAUAAACAAAAACAAUCGUUUUGUUUGACGAUAUUUUUAGUGAUCAUCAUAUCAUUGAUUAUUGGUUUGGAAUCGGCACCACGUCCACCAAUACAUCAUUCACAAAUACCCGGUGCAAGUGAAAAUGAAAUUGAAGAAAAUGUUAAUGAAAUUCAUGAUGAUGAUAAAGUUGAUAAAGAAAUUGAUGAUUUGGGACUAGAAUAUGGCCGUUAUCUACAAGAAGUUGUCAAAGCAUUGGAUGAAGAUCCAGUUUUUUCGAAAAAAUUAGGCAAUGUUACACAUGAACAAAUAAUGAAUGGACACGUAUCACGUAUAAUUGAUCAAGUUGCACCAGAUGUUCGUAAUCGUCUUGAUGAAUUAAAACGUAUCGAAUUGGAUCGUUUAAGAAAAUUGGCAAUGAAAGAACAUCGUCUUGAGGAAGAGAUUGCUGCUGAACAAAAAUCUCAUGGUGAUGGUGCGUAUGUUGAUGAUAAUGAUGAUGAUAAUAAUGAUGUGGAAAGUGGCCGACGUUGGCGUACCACUACUACUAACAAACGAAAAUCUCAAAUACCAAACAAAUUACUUGAUGAUGGAAAUGCCGCACAUCUUGAUCAUUCAAAUCCUCAUACAUUCGAAGCUGAAGAUUUACAACGAUUAAUUUUACAAGCUACAAAAGAUCUAGAUGAAUUGGAUAAAAAACGUCGACGUGAUUUUAAACAAUAUGAAAUGGAAAAAGAACUUCAUUAUCGUGAAUCAUUACAGAAUUUAACAGCUGAACAAAAAGUUGAAAUAGAAAAAAAACAUGAAGAAGUUAAAAAGAAACAUUUUGAACAUCCAAAAGUUCAUCAUCCAGGUAGUAAACAACAAUUAGAAGAAGUAUGGAAAGAACAGGAUCAUAUGCCUGAACAAGAAUUUGAUCCAAAAAUAUUUUUCCAUAUGCAUGAUAUAAAUGGUGAUGGAUUUUUAGAUCAAGAAGAAGUAGAAUCAAUAUUAUCUAUUGAAGUUAAAAAAUUAUAUAAUGAAAAUGAUCCAAGUUAUGAUCGUAAUGAAAUGAUGGAAGAAUAUCAUCGUAUGCGUGAACAUAUUUAUAGAGAAUUUGAUACUAAUCGUGAUGGUUUAAUUUCAAAAAAAGAAUUUCUUGAUUAUAGUAAACAAGCUGAAUUUAAUCGUGAUGAAGGUUGGAAAGGUAUUGAAGAAGCACCUGUUUAUACUGAAGAAGAAUUAAAACGUUAUGAACAAGAACGUAGACAAUUACAAGAACAUUAUGCUAGAUAUGGUGCAUAUGGUUAUAAUCAACAACCUGGAAUGGAAUAUCAAUAUCAUCCACAACAACAACAACAACCUUAUCAACAAGGACAGCCAGUAUAUUAUCAAGUACAAAAUCCCAAUCAACAACAACAACAACAUCAUCAACAACAAGUUUAUGUUGUAAAUGCACCACCGGAACAUGUACAACAACCUGUGCAAUAUCAACAUGUACAAUUGGCUCAACAAACUUAUCAACAACAAAUGCCACCACAACAACAACAACAUCCAAAUCAAAAUAACUUACCUGCACAACAACAACAACAACAAUAUCAUCCAAAUAUUCAAAAUCAUCAGCCCAUGAUGCAACAACAACAACAACCGCAACAUAUUCCAAAUGUACAACAAUAUAAUCCAAAUCAACAACAACAACAACAUCCAAAUCAAUAUGGUGUAGGUCAACAACAACAACAACAACCAAAUCAACAAUUUAAUACCCAUUCUGUUCAACAACAGCAACAGCAACAAAAUCAGCCAAUACAUCCCAAAUAA